AUGUUUCCAUUGAGUUUACCAUACAUAAGAGGUGGUAAACUCCCUUAUUGGUUAUUAUUCAUAUCAAUAGUAUCGAUCUUCAAUUCAUUCCAGUCAUAUCAAAAGGAUUUAUCAUUAACAAAAAGAGUCUACAAUUCAAAACCUCAAGAAGUUACAAAUUUAUCAGCAAGAACUUUUGGUACUUGGACUUUAAUCACAUCAAUUGUAAGAUUAUAUGGAGCUUAUAAUAUUACCUCACCACAAGUAUAUCAAUUAACUCAAUUUACUUUUAUUAUCGCUGCGUUUCAUUUUUUAAGUGAAUGGUUAAUAUUUGGAACAACUAAAUUGGGAAAGGGAUUGGCUGGUCCUUUAAUUGUCAGUAGUUUAAGUUUAGGCUGGAUGUGGUAUUAUAAAGAUUUUUAUGUGUUUUAA